AUGGCGGGGAAGGGGCGUGGGGUGGCUGCGUUCACCUUCAACAUUGACGCACUGGGCAUAGGCAGAGGCAACAUGCCAGAAGCCAGGGUGGGGCCCAGUCCACUCUUUCCUCCCGCUGACUUCAAGCCAGUCCCGCUGAAAGUCGGCGAGGACAUGGACUACAUGCUGGCUCUCAAACAGGAGAUGCGGGGAACCAUGCAGCGGAUGCCUCGCAACAUCAAGUUUCACACCAAUAAGGCAGAUGUGGAGAAAUACACAGAGAGAUACUUGAAGCAGAAACAGAUAGCUGACGAUGAAUGGACACCAGACUGGAACGUCUUUCCAAAAGAAUUGAUGCCUCAAAAGAAAACGGGCGUGAAAGCAGGCCCAAAGAAGAAAAAAGUGAAGAUAACCGGCAAAGAUGCAGAAGAAGUCUUGAACAAAUUAGAUGAGCUGGAAAAGAAAGGUGACGGUGACAAAUCAGAUGAGGACAAACCAAAGAACAAAGAAAAUGAGGGAGAUGAUGAUGAAGAGGAGGAGAUAGAAGAGGAGGAAUAUGAAGAGGAGGAAGUUGAAGAAGACAACGACUACAUCGAGAGCUACUUUGACAACGGUGAAGACUUUGCUGCAGGCAGUGAUGACAACAUGGACGGCGAAGCAACAUACUAA